CCUGCGGUCAUGCAGUGUGCAGUGUUUUUGUUGUCAAAGUUUUUACUUGUCGUGUUCAGAAAAAAUAAUCAAGUGAUGCGAAUUUUGCCAGUGCAAAUGAGAGAAUAGUGUUCAAAUCAGCUGACUGACCCAUCCCUUUGAGCCAAGGUGCGAAAGGGUCAAAUAAUAGAAUAAUGUCCGCAGCGGUUUUGCCAGAUUCGGACAGCGAGGAUGAACUUCCUCCUGGUUGGGAAGAAAGGGCCAUGCUAGAUGGUCGUGUUUAUUUUGUGAAUCACAACACCAAAGGAUGUCAAUGGACUCAUCCAAGAACGGGCAAACGUAAAGUUGUCGCUGGAGAAAUACCAUUCGGUUGGACAAAACAAGUGACCGAGGAUGGCAAAGUUCUGUACGUGGAUGACAUCAACAAGAGGUCAACCUACGCUGACCCUCGUUUGGCCUUUGCCCUCGAGGAGAAGGAAACCCCUGAUGACUUUCGGCAAAAGUUCGACGGCUCCUGCAACGCCAUGCAAGUCCUCCACGGACGAGACCUCACCAACAAAGUGGCCAUCAUUACUGGAGCCAAUUGUGGCAUUGGCUUCGAAACAGCUCGUUCUUUGGCCCUGCACGGCUGUACAACAAUUUUCGCCUGCCGUGACCCAGACAGGGCGCAAGAGGCCAUUGGAAAAAUCAAGGCUGAAGGCAGGAGCACCGGCCCCAUGGAAUUCAUGGAGCUCGAUCUUGCCUCCCUCAAAAGUGUCAAGAAUUUUGCUACUUUGUUCCAGAUUAAUUACAAAACGCUCGACAUGCUGAUCUUGAACGCUGCCGUCAUGGGCUUGCCAUUUUCCCUCACUCCGGACGGCUUCGAGACACAUUUCCAAGUCAACCACUUGUCCCAUUUCUACUUGACCCUCCUCCUCAAACCCGUCCUUCUUCGGACGAUCUGCUCGAGAGUAGUGUUUGUCUCUUCAGAAUCGCACAGAUUUUCCUUCCUUGGCAUGCACAACAUAAGUGAAGAGCGCCUCUCAGCCGUGACUGCCUCUCGUUACCAAGGUGCCAUGCAGGCCUACAACGACUCAAAACUCUGCAAUCUGAUCAUCAGCGUGGAGAUAGCGCGCAGGUGGAGCCCACUUGGAAUUGCGGUCAACGCCCUCCAUCCUGGGAAUAUGGUCAGCUCGGACCUUGCCAGGCACUGGUGGCUAUACAGACUGAUCUUCUCACUAGUCAGGCCCUUCACCAAAUCACUUCAACAAGCAGCCAGCACAUCAGUGUACGUAGCUGCCCAUCCGGAUACGGCUGGCGUCGGUGGCCUCUACUUCAACAACUGUUGCCGGUGCCCGUCGAGUGCCGCCUGCGACGACGUCGAACUGGCCCUUGCCUUGUGGGACUUGAGCGUAGCAAUGAUCGAGAAAGUUAUGGGCCAAGGGGCAACCACUGAAUUUACUCAAGAUAACACCGAGCCAUCGUCCUAGGCGUCCUUAGUAAGACUCAUUGUGUGAUAUUAUCAUUCCAAACAUUUCUGGCAAUUAGAAAUAAAAAGUGUUUAAUUUAAUCCUUAAAAA